CUCUCUUGUGUAUGUUUAGUGAAUGUGCUUUUUACAUUUCUGUUAUUCUUUUAGGCUUUCUUUGUCCCUGUUGCAAGAAUGUUGAAAGAUAUAUGUUAAAGGGUUUGGCUCCUGAUGCAGAAAAUUCAGGAGUAAGCUUAUAAGGUAAUCGUCCGAAAUAGACUCUUUUGGAAGAUACUCUUCUGCGUUCAGUCCCAAAAGGGUAGUAGAACAGUAAUCAUUACUGCAUUGUGAAAAAAGGGGCUGCCCCAUUUGUAAGGAUGAUGUAAGUCUUCAGGGACAUGGGGCUGUAUGGUGUCAAGACUAAUAAAACAAAGCCCAUUAAACCCCACUGCACCUCAGCUGUACAUGGGUGUGACAUCUCCCCAUUAUUUUUAUUUUUUGCGAAGCCAGUUAUGAAGAUCUUGUGCUCAGAGAGAGAUCGCGUAGCACAGAUGUUUGCUCGUGUCAGGGCUUUAUAUGUGUUUUGUCUGGGCCAUGCUUGGCCUGCACUCAGUCAGUUAUGCUCAUUUUUUACAUAAUGAUGGUAGGGCUGCAUUUACAACUGCGAGCCUUAUUUUUUUCCAACACCAUUAAGGUUUCUGUAAGGCCUACUCCGGUAGAUGAGCUUUAGCACAGUGGGAAGUCGUCCAUGAAGACUGGAAAAAUCAGUAGAGGUAAAUGCCUUUGACUGGCUUUCAAUCAGAAAAUGUAAGGGUAAAGAACAUAAGAGGUGGACAGCUAUUGUAGGCUGUAUUUAGUGUGUUUGUUCUAGGCUAUAGGCAGUGGGUUUAUGUGUAGAGCUUUUGCAUUUGUAUAUCUAGAAGCCAUGUCCUAUGCCUCCUGUAGUAAAGGUUAUUGUAUUACUGUCAUCAGACACGCACGAUUAAAGCUUCACUGUGGUUGGAACAAAAAUCUAGAUCGUUGAAGUGUUCGUUGCUGCUGAUAAGGAGGGCUUUAAAUAUGAAAUGUGUUGAAUAAAACACAUUAAAAACCUUAGGUGACUGGACUUAUACUGUUGGAAAGUUAAAUUUGCACAAAAAAAAUAGUCUUUCAAUAUCAAACGUCUUGUCCAGUUUACUGUCUUUGAGGUAAAAGGAAAAUUGCAUAAUUUCACAUUUUCACUGAACCAUUGCUUUAAUGAUUGUAAUGCCUGACUUCUCUGAUUGCUUCUGCUACCCCUGCAGUGGUCUGCUUGCCAGUGCCCGUGCAGGGGCUGGACAACAGAGGGACAGCCCUGGGUUCUGAGGGGGCUGAGGCAGAAGUGAGAAGAGAUGACCUACUUUAGGCAGCUAGAGUACAGAGAGGAGCUGUAUCAUUCCUGGCUGAGCUGGACUCUGCCGUCUUCUGUCCAGUCACUCAAAAAUGUUCCCAAAUGAUUAAUGGUGCUGUUUGCUGUUAUAGUGUUGUUUGUAAAUGUUAACUACUGCUACCAUGUCUUCAUGGACCUGGGUGUCCUCUGAAUAGUAACCGUUUCUCCUGAUGGGUUUGGGCUGAUGUUUGGCAGCUGAAGAAGAGGUCAAGGGGAAGGGAUGUGGCUACAGGAAGUGGCUCACAGUGGCCUGAUAUCCUUUUUGUCCUGCUUUGCUCACAACGUUUCCAGCAGCUGGGAUCUGUCUGUCCUGCUGACUCGCUCUGAGAGUUCCCUGGGUGGGGCAUGGAGAGCCUUUUGCUUACAGAUGCAACACAAUAGUGCUCUGUUAUAGCGCACCACAACACAUGGUAAACGGGUACUUCCCAGGCAGCACUUGUCAAAAUGAGUGCUUUUUUUUCCUUUUGAAAGACUGAAUAGGACUCUCUUGUACAUAUCAUAACAAAUAUUGGUCUGCCAAACUUUUCAGGUGAAGAUAUUGUUAUAAAUGGCAUAGAUUUUGUAGUCUGUCGUCGAGAAUUUAGACAGACAGCUAAAUUGCUCCAGGAUCUCUAGUAUCUUUCUUGUGUCUCAGAUUGUUAAACACAAUUUCUUAGUAAACUAUUUUUGUGUGAGUGAAUGUACUUUUUGAGCAAUUUAUACAUAAUACGUUGCUGUAUUUUUGCUUAACAGCCUUAAAAUGGCUGGUCAGUGGUUGUAGUAUGAGUAAAUGGACCCCAAGAUAGAAAAACAAGAAUAUUAACUGUUAGUGUAGGAUCUGUUGAAUCAAAUGUGGUAUUGAUUUGAGCGCUUGCACACAGCCGAGCACCACCUUUGUGCAAGCGAUCUCAAAUCAAUGCCACGUUUGAUUCAAUCAAAAUGUGAUUUAUGACACUCAGUUAAAUGAUCAUCAUGCAAUAUCAUAUUGAAAAUGACUGUAUAUCCAGGUCUGAAUGUUUUGUAUCCCUCAACUUGUAUUAGCAUGAUGGUGGAGUUCUUUGUUCACUGCGGUCCUGUGAUUUGCAUGAGUACAUCUGUAUGAGAAUUGUAGAUGAUUGUGCUUGUAGUCUUGAGCAAUGUUUUGUGCAAGUGUGUCGAGUUGAAUUCAAAGACUUUUAUGGUGUAAGGAGAAUUUCUAAGCAGAAGAUUGUAUUUGUGGUUUUAAUGCAACUUUUCACUGUUUUGCAGGUGCUGUUCCAUAAAUUUGCCCUUUCCCUGUGCAUAUCCUGUGUUUAGCAUGGAUUAGUCCAGCUGCUCUCCAUGUGAUCUGCAGUUAACCAUCAGUUUAAGAGCAGUUGCAAGCAUCAGUUCAUUCCCUGCUUUGCCCUUUACAUCAGUUCUCGAGUGGUUGUGACCCGGUAACACCCCAUCCCCCAUCCCGCCCCCCCUCCACCGCAGGCCUUCCUGAGCACCAGCAGCUGCGUCCUGCCUCUGUUUCCUGUCCUUGGCUGCGCAAGGCUAAAGCCCCUCCACUCCCUAAAUACCCCCUAUCAUAUACACACAAACACAGCCAUCCUCCUGGCCCAGUACUGCCUGUCUAGCGGUUCAACUCCCUCUUCCUGGUGUGAUGACCUCUAUGUCCAGCCUGUUCUCCUUCACCAGCCCAGCGGUGAAACGCCUGUUGGGCUGGAAACAGGGUGAUGAAGAAGAGAAAUGGGCUGAGAAGGCUGUGGAUGCGCUGGUAAAGAAACUGAAGAAGAAGAAGGGUGCCAUGGAGGACCUGGAGAAGGCCUUGAGCAGCCCUGGGCAGCCCAGCAAAUGUGUGACCAUCCCACGCUCUCUAGACGGUCGCCUGCAGGUGUCCCACAGGAAGGGCCUCCCUCACGUCAUCUACUGCCGUGUGUGGCGCUGGCCUGACCUGCAGUCCCACCAUGAACUCAAGCCCCUGGAGGUGUGUGAAUAUCCGUUCGGCUCUAAACAGAAAGAAGUAUGCAUCAACCCCUACCACUACAAGAGGGUGGAAAGUCCUGUACUUCCUCCUGUGUUGGUGCCUAGACACAGCGAGUUCAACCCCCAGCACAGCCUUCUGGUGCAGUUCCGCAACCUGAGCCACAACGAGCCACAUAUGCCUCUGAACGCCACCUUCCCGGAGUCCUUCCAGCAGCACAGUGGAGGGGGCUCCUUCCCUAUCUCUCCAAAUUCACCUUACCCACCUUCUCCUGCCAGUAGCGGCACAUAUCCAAACUCCCCUGCCAGCUCAGGGCCAUCCAGCCCCUUCCAGCUCCCAGCUGAUACCCCUCCCCCUGCCUAUAUGCCUCCGGAAGAGCAGAUGGGGCAGGAUGGCUCUCAGUCCAUGGACACUGGCAGCAGCAUGGUGCCUCAGAACAUGCCCAGAGGAGAUGUGCAGCCUGUCGAGUACGAGGAGCCCAGCCACUGGUGCUCCAUUGUGUACUAUGAGCUGAAUAAUCGUGUGGGUGAGGCUUACCAUGCCUCCUCAACCAGCGUGCUGGUGGAUGGCUUCACUGACCCAUCCAAUAACAAGAACCGCUUCUGCCUGGGCCUGCUCUCCAACGUCAAUCGCAACUCCACCAUUGAAAACACCCGCCGCCAUAUUGGCAAAGGAGUCCAUCUGUAUUAUGUUGGAGGGGAGGUGUAUGCUGAGUGUUUGAGCGAUACCAGCAUUUUCGUCCAGAGCAGGAACUGCAACUACCACCAUGGUUUCCACCCCACCACUGUCUGCAAGAUCCCCAGUGGCUGCAGCCUCAAGAUCUUCAACAACCAGGAGUUUGCCCAGCUCCUCGCUCAGUCUGUUAAUCAUGGCUUUGAGGCUGUCUAUGAACUAACCAAGAUGUGUACCAUUCGCAUGAGCUUUGUAAAGGGUUGGGGGGCGGAGUAUCACCGACAAGAUGUGACCAGCACUCCCUGCUGGAUAGAAGUUCAUCUGCAUGGUCCACUCCAAUGGCUGGACAAAGUACUGACUCAAAUGGGCUCUCCUGUGAACCCCAUCUCUUCAGUUUCCUAAUGAUGGGCCCUUUGUGGGAUGGGAGGAUCAUAUGUGGAUUUUUUUUUAAUUGCUUUUUUUUUCUCCAAUUUUGAAAGAAAAGGAGGUCUUAAGGGCUGAACUGUUUACACUACCUGCAAAAGGGCUGUGGAACCCUGAAGCAGUCAGAACGAUGAGAAAAAAAAACUGAGGCUACAAGCACAUUUAGCAGAAGAACAUUCUAGGCGGUGGCAUACAAUGGACUAACUACUGCUUUAGCAAUUGCCUUCAUGUUUGUUUUAAAAUUAUGCUUGUAUGAGUGAUUUUUUUUUUUUUUUUUUUUUUUUUUCUCUAUCUGUAGGUAAUCUUGUAGUUGAAUGAAUCUGAAAUAAUUUCAUGUAUCUUUACUUCACCUUACAUCAGUGAAAAUGACAACCUUUGAUUCUAUAAGAAUCUUUUUACUUGCUAUGUUGUCUAAUCCCAUUUAUUCUCAAGUAAGACAGUCUCUCUUAUGUUUACUAUUAGACUCGGCUCACUACAGUUGUUUCCUUUUUAUAGCUUUUAUUGCCUUUAGGCAAAACACAAAGUUACUGCUUUUAAAUAAAGUCUCUUUAUCUGAUAAAAUUCAGGUGCCUUUUUUAGCUGGGUUGCUACUUUUUUGCUGAGGAGUUUGUAGCUUAUGUAUUAAUCAGCUGAGAAACAAGAAUUUACCUUUCACUUUAUACUGUAACCUACAUGGGUAAGUAGAGGAUAAAUAGUACCAUUUUUGUUCUACUUCACUGAAUAUUGUAUUCAUUGAAUUUGAGUUCAGUUCAGAUUAAACCAACCGUAAAAUGAAGCCAUGACUCUCCUGUGUGCUUGUUACAAGUGUAAACCUGGAGACUCACACCAAAGUGGACACUCUUGACUGUCAUUUGGUGCCCUCCACUGGACAAAAGCAGCAGUGGAGAGGUUGGUGAUCAUUAUAGGGUCCUGCUGUUGGAAGUUGAUGUCUGCACUCACUAGUCACUUUAUUAGGUACACAUGCAUUGUAUCAGUGCUCAGUGUCUAUUUUAUGAGGUCUGUUUAUCAUUUAUACACUUUGUAGUUCUACAAUUAUGGAUUGUAGCCCAUCUGUUUCUCAUUUGCUAAUUCUGCAUUUACCCUGACCACCACAAAGCAGAUAUUAUUUGGGUGGUGGGUCAUUCUCAGUACAGUAAUGGAUCACACACAGCCCUGUUGCUGGAGUUUUAAACAGCUCACUGGUGCUCAGCCAGCAGCAUCCUCUGGCCUGCUGAUGAAGGACUAGAGGCUGACUAACAAACUUUGCAGCAACAGGUGAGCUGUUGUCCUUGACUACGUCUACAAGGUGUGCCAACUAGGUAGGUGUGUUUAAUAGAGUGGACAGUGAGUGGGCACAGUGUUUAAAAACUCCAAUAUCACUGCUGUGUCUGAUCUAUUCAUCCCAACACAACACAUGCUAAUACUCCACCACCACGUCAGCGUCGCUAUAGUGCUGAGAAUGAUCCACCACCCAAAUAAUACCUGCUCUGUGGUCCUGCGUAUCCUUUUUAUUCAGAUUUUUUUUUUCUUUUGACCAAAAAAAUGAUGCAGAGAAACAUGGAUUACAAUAUGUAAUUGUAGAACUACAAGGUUCUUUUGUAUGGUACAUGGAGCACAAAACAGACAAUGAGUGCAGAUGCAAGUGGCCAGUGAGUGUAUAUGUACUUGUAUACAAACAAAAACCCAAGUUAAGUGGCAUUGAAGCAGACCGUAUUGUUUCAACUCGACACUUUGUCUAGGGAAAAUAUACCUCAUACACUACUUUUGUGACUGCUGUCAAUUCUUACAGAUCAUCGCUGUUAAAAUAAAUGUCCAUUUUAAUUGUUUUUUUUUUCCAGGUCAUUUGAACACAGCACCUGUCCUUUACAAAAUUAUAUGAUAAAUGGACCAACAGAAUUGGCCCAAACUUGCUCUCAUCUAAAAUGUUAUUUAAAAUAAUGUCAACUAAGUAUAUAAUGUUUUUUUUAUUGAAGAUGCUUGUGUUUUUUGUUUGGUUUUUGGGGGGAAAGAAAACGUGUAUACUGGAUUUUGUAGCAUCACCCAGCUAAACAGAAAACAAUAUCAAAUCAAGAUUAUUUUUUACAACUCUUUACUAGCCAGUGCCAGUGUAGUGACAAAACUAAAGAAAAAGCUGCAAGAAAGCUCCUUGACUUUUGAAGUGGUUUGCAUGAACACGUAGAGCAAUCUUGGAUCUAAGGAGUUUUUGGAAAGAAUAACGAAUAACAUUUGGUGUACAAUGUAAAUAGUUUUAUUUCCCUAAUAAAAGUGGCAUUAAUCACAAUA